AUCAAUUAAUCCGGCGAUUCUCUCUCAAUGUGCUUAUGUUGAAUAAAAAUAUUGUGUUAUUCAUUUUUGUGUCAUUCGUUGUCACGAUAGGAUUGAAAUUACAUCAAAUAAAGUUAUUUUAAAAUUUUUUACUGUUUAAAAUUUCUGUACGAAUCGUUAAUUGAAGUUGUAUUUAAUUGGUGUGAUUGAAAACAAGUUGUAAUUAAUCAAAAAAAAAUAACGUUAGAAUGAUGGAUAUGAAGAAACUUCAGACGUUGAAACGGUCCAGGCUUAUACAACUAUGUUUCGCUAUCACAUUUUUCACGUCAGGGAUUAUUGUAAAUUUUGUACAAUGUAUUUUAUAUUUAACAUUACACAAAAUCAACAAGAGAUUAUACAGGAAGCUUAAUUGGUAUUGUUGUUAUAGCAUAUACUCACAAUUAGUAUUUAUGUGUGAUUGGUGGUCUGGAUCGGAAGUUAUCCUUUACGCAAACCAAAAAGAUUUCGAUAAUUAUUGGGGUAAAGAACAUGCUUAUUGCGUUAUGAAUCAUUCGUACGAAAUCGAUUGGCUCGUUGGGUGGAUGCUUUGUGAUCGGAUACAUAUGUUAGGGAACUGUAAGGCGUAUGCUAAAAGAGUUAUUCAAUACAUGCCGGUUUUGGGAUGGUGUUGGAAAUUCUCUGAGUUUGUUUUUCUUGAACGUUCAUUUGAAAAAGAUAGAGAAACUAUUAGGAAACAAGUUACUGAAUUAUCUGAACACCCUGAUCCUAUGUGGUUAUUAUUAUUUCCGGAAGGUACAAGAUUUACGGAAAAAAAGCACGCGAUUUCUUUAGAGUUUGCGCGCGAGAAAAAUUUACCUCAAUUAAAACACCAUCUCCUUCCAAGAACGAAAGGUUUCGUAGCUAGUUUACCGUCCAUGGUCGGAAAAGUACCCGCUGUUUACGAUAUUGAGCUUGCUUUCAAAGAAAAUGACACGGGAAGGCCGACGAUGACGGGUUUGUUGUUGGGUUAUCCAGUUACGGCGCAUUUGUAUAUGAAACGGAUUCCGAUGGAGGAUAUUCCAGCGACUGAGGAAGAACAAGAAGAGUUUUUGAGACAAUUAUUCAUUGAAAAGGAUAAAUUAAAAGAGAGUUUUAUAAACACAGGCGAUUUCUUCGAAACUUCCGGUAUCGAAAAGACUGCUGUAAUAAAAUUACCAAGGCGAGUAAAUUCUUUGGUGAAUAUCGCCGUUUGGUUCGUCGUUAUUCUCUGUCCAAUUGGAUAUUCUUUAAUUAAGUUAUUAUUUAGCGGGGAGUUGUUGUAUUUUUCAAUUGGAAUGAGUAUUAUUGGUAUAUUUUUUGUUCUUUUAAAUAAAACAAUUGGUAUGUCAAAAAUCAGUAAAGGAUCUUCAUAUGGAGCUAAUUCACCUAAAAAAGUGGAUUAAACUUUAAGAAAUCAACUAAAUUGGGGUGAUAAAAUGUUAUUUAAAACGUAUUUUCGAUGUGUACACAACAUUUUUUUUUGUAUUUCUUAGUUUUAUGUUAACAGCUUCAACUGUGUGUAAAACUUGUAAUUAAGUUAAUUUAUUAUUUUUAUUUUUGAGAGAUAAAAUGGAAAAAAAAACAUAUUUUUUUAGACAUCAAAUUUUCUUUUAUUUUAAAAAUUACAAAUUAUGUUUUUAUUGUGGUGUUUUCGAAGGGGUAUUUUGGAUGCAUUAAAAAAAUCGACAAUAACAUCUAAAAGUGGCUAAAAAUAAUCGAUUCUAAUCGUCGCUUUUGGUCUUUGGUUAAUGUAAAAUGUUUUGUUUUUAUAGUAAGGUAUAAUCAAUGGCUUAUUUCUUUUUUUUUUGUAUAAUCUCGAUUAAUCAAGUUAAUUUUAAUGCUAUAAUCGUUCAUUAAGUGUUGGUGUUCAAUGCAUUUUAGUUGAAUAGUGCCUUACUAUAAAUAAAUAAAUAAUCUAUUUAGAUCUUAAAUUAAUUGUGAUGAGAAAUUUGUAGAAUGUUUAGAUUUUAAAUCAAUGAUUUUAGAUCAAUGUUAUAUGGUCUCUAGUAUGUGAUCUUAAAUUUGAAUAUGAUCAAAUUGAUAAAUUGUACUGCGGUAACUAUAAAAGGUACAUUGUAAUUAUAAUGCUAUGGAGACAGAAAGCAGAAACAUUCCUACGAUUACCGCAGCAAUUAUACUAAAUAUUCUUCACAUAAACAGCAAUAGAUUAUAUUCCUGAUGUUGUAAACCAAAUUUAGGUGGUUUAGCUUAGCUUCAUUACGUUCUGAAUCAUUUUAUUCAAAAUACUACAUAAGACAAGUUGUGCUCUUUAUCUAAAAAUGAUACUAUAACUUAAACUGAGACAAAACAUAACUCAUUUUUGUUAAAUAUAUGUACUAUUAUUUAUUGCAGCUUGGUUUCUUUAUAAUUUUAUUUAAAUAUAAAAUAAAUACUCUUUGUUUUGAGGAAAAAAGGAAUAAGCCAAAGAUUUUCUUAACUUUCUUAACAGUGGCAGGGAUGGUACAAGAAUAAAAAAAACUGGUUAGAAUAUAUAAAUAUAAAAUAGAGUGUUUAUAUUUUUGCGCCUAUAUUUUCAAAAUGUUUCUAUUAAUUUCCUAAUUUUUAUUGUACAUUUUUAUUAUAAAGCGCAAAUUUUUGCACAACAAAAUAAGUUAAACUAACGUUUUUUUUUAUCAAUACGUUACUAUAAACAAUAAGCCUAAGAGCUGAGCUGGUGAUGACAAUUUUAUUUUUUAAUAAUUAUGUAUUUUAGAGUGGAUUCUUUCAAAAGAUGUGUUGUUUUUAAAAAGAUAUUAAAUCAUUCAUGUGAUUA